AAGAAAUCCUUAUCUAAACUGUCUCUAUAUUUUUUGGGAGGCAACAGAAAAUCAAGAAAAUGUACUUUAUCAAUUACAUUAAACAUACAUUAAUUUAGUAUGGCCUAAGAUCCAUGCUUUGCAUGAGAUUUCCAUGCAAGUCAGUAAAGUUUUGACAUUGAGGGUUAUUCAAACAGUAGCAAACACAUUUGAACUAGGACACAGAUUGAAAAGAUUGUAAAUGUUUUAUAAAAUUUAAAUACAAACAAUGUAGAAUAACUAAGAAAUGAACACAUCACUCAAAACUCUUAAUAUGUGAAGAUGUAAAGUCUCAGAAAUAAGGACAAAGUAAACUUACAUGUACUUUGAAUUUUUUUAACGACCCUCAUACUGCAGGCAGGUUUCAACAUUUUAGGGUGUAAAAUAUAGAAAUUUAUAAUUUACUGAUGAAAUUCCGGAGCAAAUAGCAUAAAACUCAGUGGAUAAGUUUUUUUGUUCAUAGGUGGAGCACCUGAAGGACACAUUCAAAGAUAUGAGGAUAUAAAUUAUUUUCAGUUUGGAUACAUAACUUUUCCGCAAAAUGCGCACAAAAAUUGACUAGAUUUCAUGAAUCAACUAUCAAAAGCGUCUGGUGGUCAACACUUUGAUAGCACAGCAAUUUAUAAUCCUGAACUACCUUUCGUACAUAAGUUAUCGUCUGUUGAAACAGGAAACAUGUUUUAUAUCAGCGGAAUACCUUCUAAGAAUGCGGGACGAUUUAGCAUCAAUUUUGAGGGUCGACAAGGCGCCACAAUUUUUCAUAUUGGCGUCAGGCAGGACCAGGGUGUAACUGUAAGGAACACAUUCUGUAACGGUAGUUGGAAUAAAGAGGAAAGGGCACUGAAUGGAAAGUUUCCUUUUCAAGCAGAUGCAUUCUUUGAUAUGAACAUUCUUGUUCAGUCGUCCGGCUUUAAGGUAACUAUUUACUAAACUAACUGAGACCAAGACACAAAGCUAGUAAUAAGUCCUCCAUCAAAAGAAUUAAAUAUAAAGUGUACUCAACGACAUUUCAACACGAGUUUCCUAUAAAUUAGACACCAGAAUCUGAUGCAAGAAGGAUAUAACAAUUUUGAAACGUGUCUCAAUGCUUUUGCGAUGAUAGACCUUUAUUGAAUUUGUUUGUUUGUUUUUUUUACUACAGAAAAAGAACAAAAAAGUUUCCUGCACAAUGAAUCUACAGAAACCUGUAUAACAAAACCAUGAAAAUGAAUUUGAAUUAAACUUCUUCUUUCCUUUCUUAAGUUUCGAUUUCCUGUGACAUAAACACGUAAUGCUUCGAUCUCAAAAUUCGAAAGAUCGACGCUUAAAUUUUCUGUUUGCAGGUAGCAAUUAACAAUGAACCUUUGUUCGACUUUACGCACAGAAUACCUUUACUUAUCAAUAUGUAUAUUCAUAUUCUAUUGCUUAAAGAAACAAAUAGUCUAGCGUUUAAUGUAGUAAAUGUUUACUUUUAUAUUGUUACUUACAUUUUAAUGUAGAAAAAACUUAUCUUUAUUGCUGA